GGGCGCUAAGCGCUAAGAAUUCUUUGAAGAUGUGACAAUCGUCUUCGUUCAAAGAACUUUUUUGCGGCCUGACAAACGGGAAGAUGUUUAAAUGGUUUUUGCGGUAAUUAUAGAAUCGCAAAAUACGAUUAAUUUUGUACAAUGUCAUCAAGGAAGAAUAGGCGGUCUGAGAAAAUUCUAGUUAAAGAAGGUAUUCAAGAUGUUAAUGAUGCAAACAGGAAGAAAUUUGGUAUAGCAGGGCUUCCAAGAUUAGAGUUGCUUGUGUAUGGUGCUAUAGCUAUUGUAUUCUUCAUCUGGUAUCCUAUUUACAAAGUCUAUGUAGAAUCUCAAGCAUCUGUGUAUAAAUUUAACUAUGGAGUCCUGGUUGAUGGAUUUGAUGUACUUGGUGGAUUAAAGGAUGAUGCAGAUUUUGAGUGGAAUUUCUGGAGGGAACUUAUAACCCUGAAAGGAAGUGUUAUAGUAUUUACCUACAUAGCUUUUGGAAGACUGGCACUGUCAUUUUGUGCUGAGUGGCGGAAUUCGGUGCUUCUACUUUUCUCGAUGGUGUCCAUCACGUUGCUGGUGACAUGGAAGUGUAUGUUGGUUCUGUUAUGUUAUGCAGUUUUUAUGUACCUGGUCUCGUUCAGCAAGAGGGCGCUGGUCGUUUGGGCUGCUGUACUUGGCCAGCUCUACACUAUUAUGAGUCCUUUUCUUCUAUCAUAUUUAAGUAAUUUCACAGACAGUGAGUUUGAUUACCACAUGACCAUUUUUUCAGUGGCACUAUGCAACCUAAGGUUUCUAAGUUUCUGUCUAGAUUACUGCAGCCAUUUUAGCGAUGAUUCUACAAGAUUUGGAGUCUUAGAUUUCUUGCUCUAUAUCUUUUAUCUACCAUUAUUUUUCUCUGGACCAUUGAUGUCGUAUAAAGAUUUUCAUAACCAGAUUGAAAAGAAAUCAGAAAGGUUGUCCAUCGCCCAGUAUCUACAAAUUAUCAAAGAGUUGCUACGCUAUGUAAUAUGUAUCAUUUUUAUAGAAAUCGCGAUGCACUUUGUCUAUUUUGCUGCUUAUCACCAGAGUUUCAACCUUUUAAGAAGACUUCCCUUAUGGGCACUUGCCGGAAAUGGUCUGUGUCACCUGAUUUUCUUCCAAUUGAAGUAUGAAGUAAUGUUUGGUGUUCCGAGGACGGUAGCCAUGUUGGAUCAGGUCAACACACCAAAGCCGCCUGUAUGCAUUCUUGCCGUGUUUCGAUUCGUCGACAUGUGGAGAUAUUUUGAUCGAGGCCUACACUCUAUUCUUCUUAAUUAUAUUUAUAUUCCAGUUGGUGGCUCGAGGAAGGGUUUUGUUCGGCAAAUGCUUGGAUCUCUUCUGUGCUUUGCUUUUGUUUAUUAUUGGCAUGGGGUCGAGACACACAUCUUUUACUGGGCUUUGUUCAAUUGGGUUGGUGUUGUCUUGGAAACCGUAACCAGCAAAGUUUUAAACAGUGAAACAGCCAAAGCUUAUGUCUAUAAAUUUAAUUUGAGUUGUGUUAGCUGGCGACGUUUAACGGCUCUGUUCUCAGCCCCUGGCUACAUAGCGCUCAGCUUAGCCAAUCUUCUCUUCCUCUCUGGCAUCGAUAUGGGUUAUUUAUAUUUCGAGAGGUUGAUUAUUAAAAGUUUUCCAACCGGACCACUGGUGAUGUUAUUUCUUUACUACUGUAUGGUCCAACUUAUCUUGGAAUGCCACAGAACAUGGGGUAAAAAAUACCUGUGUGAAAAGGCUUACCUUUGACCUCUGUAACAAUCCCUAGAGCAGGAGACACAGAAGGGAUGACGUGAAGACUAUUAAACAGUAUUAGUAUUGUUGUUAUUAUUAUUAUUAUUAUCAUUAUCAGACAUCAUUGUUAUAUAUAAGGCCAAUCAUAAUUGUCAUAUUCUUUCAUUCUUCUGAUGGUGAUCAGAUUCAGCUCACAAAACACAAGACAAUAAACCAUUGGUUUUUCUCAUUACCCAUUUUUUUACUCCUUUGUUUACCUAAAGUCUUAUUUUUUUUGUUUAAAAGUGAUUAUGUAAACCUUCACAAAUUAUUUAAUUUCAUUUAAUAAUAAUAAAUUGCAAUAGUCUAUGAGAUCAAAUUUUUUAUAUUGUUCUUCCUCAUAGUCUUUUUGUUUCUCAACUUCUUUUAAUGAGUGGUGUUUUUAGAUUUUUCUUUUCAUUGAGAUGCUAUAAUUUGUAUUAUGGACAGGUUAGACCAUUAAUAUUAAAGUAUGACCAAUGCAUUAAUCUAUUUCAUUAAUUCAUUAUUUUUUGAAUAAUGUAAAAGUUCUAUUUUUAGUUAAUAGUGUGAAGUAGCAGGAAUAUGCAUAUUAAUUUCAGUUGUCUACCUGUGAUCAGGUGCAUAAUAAAAUAUAUACGGACAAAGGUGCUGUUUAGAUAUCCUAGCCUGCCCUCAAUACUCUUCCUUUAUAGCAGUAACUUGUUUUAAUACUCAUCCACAUUGAAGACUUCUUCUUUUUUUUUUUUUGUAUAUUUGUAGACACAAAUUUUGAAAUAAAGAGAAAUUGAAUUAAAUAUUUA